AAAGAUAUGGAUAAAAUUGGGGCGGUCCCGGAUAUGUGGGCUUAUAAUAUAUACUUGAAUCUUUUGUGUAAUGAGAAUUUAGUGGAUAUGGCUUUAGAGGUAUUGAAAAUUAUGGGUGAGAAGGGAAGAGAACCUGAUGUUGUGAGUUAUACUAUAGUUAUUAAUGGGAUGUGUAAGGUGAGACGGUUUGAUGCCGCUGUGGAACUGUGGAACAGAAUGAUUCGGAAAGGUUUCAGUCCGGAUAAUAAAGCUUGUAGGGCACUUGUUUUGGGUUUGUGUGAUGGUGGGAAGGUUGAUUUAGCUUAUGAGCUAACCCUGGGUGCAAUGAAGGAUCGAGUUAAGUUUAGCUUAUCGAUAUAUAAUACACUGAUUUGUGAAUUUUGUCGAGCUGGUCGGUUUGACAAAGCACAAGCAAUUAAGGCCUUUAUGAGGAGGAAUGGAUGUGAGCCAGAUUUGGUGACUUACAAUGUGUUGUUGAAUUAUUGUUGUAAUGAGCUAAUGCUGGAGGAUGCAGAAAGGUUGAUGGAGAAGAUGGAGAGGAGUGGGAUGCAGCCUGAUGGUUACAGCUACAACCAACUUCUUAAAGGCCUUUGCAAAGCCAACCGAGUGGAUAAGGCUUACAUGCUGAUGGUGAACAAGAUGCUGGCUAAAGGCUUGGUCGAUGUUGUAUCUUAUAACACAAUUAUUAGAGCUUUGUGUAAGUCUUCCCGCGCACGGAGGGCCUACAGGCUACUAGAGGAGAUGGGCCGGAAGGGAAUUGUUCCUGAUGUGGUAACUUUUACAAUUCUUAUAAAAUCUUUUCUUAGAGAAGGCAGUUCCAAUAUAGCUGAGAAGCUUCUUGAACAGAUGACAGGGAUGGGUAUGUUACCAGAUCGUGUAUUGUAUACUACAAUUGUUGAUCAGAUGUGUAAGACAGGGAGAUUAGGGAUGGCUCGCAGAAUUUUCUGUGAUAUGGUAGGGCAAGGAAUCAACCCUGAUGUAGUUUCAUACAACGCGCUCAUCAAUGGUUUUUGCAAGGCAUCAAGAGUAAGUGAAGCUAUGCAAUUGUAUGAGGAGAUGCAAAUGAAAGGGUCAUAUCCAGAUGUGGUGACUUUCAAAUUGAUCAUUGGAGGGCUCAUACUUGAAAAGAAGCUUUCAGUUGCUUGUACUGUCUGGGAUCAGAUGAUGGAGAAGGGUUUCACGCUCGACAAAGAUGUCUCUGAUACUCUUGUUAAUGCCAUCCACUCAAAAGAUGCAUCCUGCAUGAAUGUGAGGAAUGGUAUGUACCAUAUUAUGCUCCUUUAUCCCUAUGUAAUAAUGCGUGUGUCUGUGUGCAUGCUAGCAAUCCUGAGUUCCAACAUCUAA